GUCUCCUGGAAUCCUUCUUUUUAGAGAACUCUUUAGAACCUUUUAUUCGUACCAUGGAUCAGAAACCUAAGGAUGAUAUUGAUUUUCUUGAACCAUCAGUACUCUUAGAUGAGACACACUAUCAAGCGGGUUUCAAGAAUGGUUAUAGUGACGGCUUGGUGUCCGGAAAAGAAGAGGGAAGGCAGGUUGGUUUAAAGAAUGGUUUCCAAGUAGGUGAAGAACUAGGUUUCUACCAGGGAUGCGUGGAUGUUUGGAUGUCAUUAGUUUCAAUUGAUCAAAAUGCUUUCUCAGCUCGGGUCAGGAAGAACAUCGAGCAACUAGCUGCACUGAUGAGAAGCUAUCCGUUGUCCAAUCCAGAAGAUGAGCAAGUUCAAGACAUAAUGGAGAAGAUAAGGUUGAAAUUCAGGGUUAUCACAGCAAGCUUAGGUGCAAAAUUGGAGUAUCAAGGUCAUCCGACAUCAUCCAAGCAGGAUGUGGAGGAUCUUUAACUAGUUUAGCUUUCUGAAUGUCAAACCACCAUGUUGAAAUUGAUAUGUGACAACCAUACAUGUUUAUGUUGGUUUUAGUUAACAAAUCCUUGUUCUGGCGUAUGCUUAUAUGGAAUAGUGUUUGUAAAAAUCUCAUGAAGGCUACCAGGAUCAGAGAGGAAACCUAGAAGCCUGAAUCUGAGUACGUACA